UCCGUGGAUAAGGGUUGAUGUCCACAAUAUUAUCCAAUCUCAUAACCCCCCGUAGAAAAAUCACACAGUGACCCACCCUCCAAGAAAGCCUCAGCCAUGGCUGCCAUUUUCUCCACCUCCACCAUUCUACCAACCCUAAUCCCCCUUCCAAACCUAUCCUCCUCCUCCAGAUCUAUCCCCAAUUCUCCUUCUACCUCCACCAAAUCCAUCGCCAAUUGCACCUCUACCAAUGCUGAAUCCUUAUCCACCUCUGCCAGCAAUUUUGUUCAUAAUAACAUUUUCCCCGCAGCCAUAUCCGCUGCAACCGCGGCGGCCAUCGCCGCCAUAAUCUUCGCCUCCCCACUCCCUGCCACAGCAGACGACGGCUUCACUGUCUACUACGGCACAGCUGCGAGUGCUGCCAAUUACGGUGGGUAUGGUGGCAAUUCAAGCAAAAAGGAUGCGGCGGAGUACAUAUACGAAGUCCCCCAGGGGUGGAAAGAGAGACUAGUCUCAAAGGUCGAGAAGGGAACAAACGGCACCGAUAGCGAAUUCUACAACCCGAAACGCCGCACAGAGCGAGAGUACCUCACAUUCCUUGGAGGAUUCCGGCAGCUCGCACCGAGCGAUGCAGUUUUGAACAACUUGGCGCUGUCGGAUGUGGGAUUGCAGGAUUUGAUCGCGAGCGGCGAGGUGCGGUCGACAGAGAGGAACGAUGAGAAGGGGCAGCUGUAUUAUGAGUAUGAGGUGGAGGGUGCAGCUGAGCAUAGCUUGAUUGCAGUUACAUGCGCGAACAAUAAGCUUUAUGCACAUUUUGUUAAUGCGCCGGCCGCAGAGUGGCAGCGGGAUCAAGAUACACUCAGGCGGCUGCACGCCUCCUUCAGGACCGUGAAUUCGUAGGGAGGGAAGUGCUCUCUCUCUCUCUCUCUCUCUCUCUCUCUCUCAUGAGAGCUUCCACUGCUUCCAUGGGCCGCCACUUUCACACCUACAAUCUAAAAGUCUUAAUAGUUAAGAAUUUUGUCAGUCACUCUUACAUCUCUACCAGUACAAGGGCAUUUGAG